UUCAUUUUCAGCAUUUAAAAAACCUUAUCGUAAACUAAUAAACCUCAAAAUCUGUAAUAAACCUCUGAACCCCUUUCAUUCGCUAGGUUGGAUGUGUAAUGGAUGCCCCAUCGUUUGCCGUACUCUGAAUCCACAGCCAUGAGCAAGGUUUCUGCACCACCAUUGCCACUUAAAGGGCAUUCCUGCUCUUUCUUUGGAGCUCACUGGUUCGGAUCUCAAAACGAAAAAAAGAUCUGCAGACCGAACAGAACUAAACAUUCUGGAAGAUUAGGUUUUGUAACUCGGAGCAUACUGCAAUGGAACAGAAAACCCCAGCUAGCAGGCGAAAUACCCAGAAUAGUAGUCAUAACGUCCGGCAAAGGAGGAGUGGGGAAAACCACUACAACUGCGAAUUUAGGGCUUUCGCUGGCUAGGUUGGAAUUCAAAGUGGUGGCCAUUGAUGCAGAUGUGGGGCUUCGAAACCUGGACCUGCUGCUGGGCCUCGAGAAUCGCGUCAACUACACGGCCAUGGAAGUUCUCAACGGUGAGUGCCGCCUUGACCAAGCUCUAAUUAGGGAUAAAAGAUGGACUAAUUUUGAGCUCCUCUGCAUUAAUAAGCCCAGGUAUAAAAUGCCCAUGGGUUUUGGUGGCAAAGCCCUAGUUUGGCUUGUGGAUGCCCUAAAACAGAGGUCCCAGGGGUGUCCUGAUUUUAUUCUCAUUGAUUGCCCAGCUGGCAUUGAUGCCGGUUUUAUCACUGCAAUUACUCCUGCCAAUGAGGCCAUCUUGGUGACCACACCGGACAUUACUAGCCUGAGGGACGCCGAUCGGGUCACUGGGUUGCUGGAGUGUGAUGGGGUUAGAGAUAUCAAGAUGGUUGUGAAUAGGGUAAGAAGUGAUCUGAUUAAGGGGGAGGAUAUGAUGUCUGUGCUGGAUGUGCAAGAAAUGCUGGGGCUUUCACUGUUGGGCGUGAUUCCUGAGGAUGCAGAGGUGAUUAGAAGUACCAAUAGGGGAUACCCACUUGUUCUGAAUAGGCCUCCUACUUUGGCUGGAUUGGCUUUUGAACAGGCUGCUUGGAGAUUGGUGGAGCAGGAUAGCAUGAAGGCUGUGUUGGUGGAGGAAGAGACACCCCCUAAGAAGAAAGGCUUUUUACCUUUCUUUGGAGGUUCAUGAGAAUUUUUACAAUUUUGGAAAUUUCAAUGCAAAGCCCCAAUGAUUUUAUGGAAAUACCGAUACAGUAAAUUGAGGUGACUGAGCUUUUGGAUUGUGGCAUUCCUGGUGAGUGCUUUUACGGAAUGUUUUAUUCUUCCAUUUUAAUUAAUCUCAGGCCACUGAAACAGAUGAUGCUUGUCGAUAGCUGGAAAUUGUAACUUUUUCACGGGAGAGAAGCGCUAUGAUAAGCUUAGGCUUUUCGUUGCAAAAAGCCCUUAAGUGCACUUGAGAAAUUAUCAAAUACUUACCUUGUAUUGACAAAGGACUUGAGACGAGAUCAGGUGGAAGCUUGAAUUUAAGACACUACGAGAAGUGUAUUCAAUGCACAGAUCAAGGACAAAGGUAGGCACAACACCAACUGCUUGACUGUUAAUUACGUGACUUCUUCAAAGUUGGUAAUACGUGUAUAUAUAUAUGUGCAAUAUUAUAAUUAUAGGAUUGCAGUUAAAAACUGCAAGAAAAAACUCUAUAAAUAGACAUCGGAGUACAAACAAAUAUUAACACCCAACAGCAAUGUCUUCACCAAGGAGAAAAAGAAGACCACUCAGCAGCACUGAUUGAGAAUAAAUUGGAACAGCCGAUGAUACUUAACCAGCUGAAGCAAAAGAACAGCAGUCAGCACUGUAAAAAAGGCCUUAAUCCUUGUGCUAUGCAAACCCCUUUUUUCCGUAUAAGUUGUUCCACUUGCAAUUUGAUUUGUUGAGUUUGGAAAUCCACCUUUAAAUUUCUCUUGGACUAUAUCUCUAGCUGAGAAAAAAGAACAGCUGUCAGUUCUGUAAAAAAGGCCUUAAUCCCCGUCCUAUGUAAACCUUUUUUUCCUUAGCAUUUGUUUCACUUGCAAUUUGAUUUGUUGAAUUUAGAAAUCCACCUUUAAAUUUC